AUGAUAUGUGUACAGGGGCGGAGGGACGGUACGGCAAGGGGGGCACGUGCCGUACCGGCGACCGGAAAAUGCGCCGCUUGUGGUUGCCACCGCAAUUUCCACCGGAAAGUAACGUAUAGCAGCAGCAGCAGCCGGCCUGAUCAGUCGACUGUGAUGGAAAUGAUGGAAUAUGUGGAUGUGGGUAGUAGGUUGCCGGGAGAAAGAAGCAGUGGAAAGACGAAGAGAUUCAGGACAAAGUUUACGGCGGAGCAGAAGGAGAAGAUGUUGGGAUUUGCAGAGAAGUUAGGGCAUAUGGCUUAUCCUUACACUUGGGAUAAUGUACGGCAAGGUAGAGAUUUUAGGGAGUGA